GAGGACUGUGGAGAGCUGACAAGAGUAAUGGACGUUCCCACAAUGCUGGCCGUAAUUCUGUACUUUUUCAUACCCUCAGCGUCGGGAGCCAUUUUGAACGACGAGGCGGGCGGGCACCACAGCCACCAGCACAACUCCCUGCCUCCCUUCGUAGACGUGCUGCCCCCUGGACCCUUCUAUGAUGUGGAGAGGUCGGCCAACGUCACAGCGCUCGUGAACCAGCCCGCCGAACUGAACUGCCGCGUCAACAAGAUUGGCAACAGAACGGUGUCUUGGCUGCGGCACCGGGACACACAUCUCCUGACGGUGGGGCCCUACACGUACACGUCAGACCAGCGGUUCCGCGCAGUGCACACGCCUGGCUCAGAGGACUGGACGCUGACGGUGAAGUUUGCUCAGGUGCGGGACUCUGGCAUGUACGAGUGUCAGGUGUCCACCACGCCGCCAAUGAGGCACUACAUCUGGCUCACCGUCGUGGAGCCCAAAACGACCAUAUUCGGGGGUCCAGACGUCUUCAUCAACAGGGGCAGCAACAUCAACCUGACCUGCGUGGUGGACUACACGCCCAAGCCGCCCUCUUACGUCAUCUGGAAGCACAGCAAUAAGGUGAUCACGUACGACAGCGAGCGAGGCGGCGUGAGUGUGGUGACGGAGAAGGGCCCGCGCACCACCACCAACCUGCUCGUGCGCGGCGCCUCCCCGAAAGACUCCGGCGCCUACUCCUGUAACCCCAGCAGCGCCCCCGUGGCCAAGGUGGUCGUACACAUCCUUAACGGUGAGCACCCGGAGGCGAUGCAGCACGGUGGACACUCCCCUUCGGAGGUGUCAGCGCUGCUCCUUACCGCCGCCGUCACCCUGGCAGCUGCCCUCAACUAAGGCGGCGUCAGCAGCAGCGUCACCCUCACCCGCAGGACAGUACCCACACUCUUGGCCACAACGGAGGAACAGGGACUCAAUAGGACAGUAAGGGCCACCCGUUAGAGAGAACCUCAAGAAUCUGGUGCACUGGUCUGGGGUACGCGCUUGUGUUAUCGAUGUCUCGAAGUAACUCAGCCUCACCAAGAAAGACCGUGAAUAACUGGUUUUGUCUGCCACUUGUGUGUGCGUCUGGCCCUGUGCGUUUGGGGAAAAAAUUGUAUUUGCUCAGUCAACUCCCAAAGUUUGGUCACCGCCAGACAGACAGACAACACAGACAUGCGUGUGGCCGAUGGACCUCCAGCCGAGGAAAAAGGACGGGCUGUAAACGGAGCUCCGAAAAUAAUACGUUACCGAAAGAAAGUUGAAAGACUGCAGCGUGAAAGGAUGCGGCUUUAUAAACUUUGGCUCAAGCACUCAUAAUACUCUCCAACCAUGAUCUCCCUCACCCUCCCUUUUCUCCUCGUUUCCUCCCUCCCUCCCUCCCUCCCUCCCUUCCCGUCCACCACCACCACCACCACCACCAAUGUACCUUCACUGGGCAAGAGUCGUAAGAAUAAUGGUCUACAAGAUGACACACUCACAACAUUGUUAACUUACGUAAGACUCAACAAAAUUUAAAACCACAAGCAAGAAACAUUUACAGAAAAACAAAUUCAGUACUCGAAACCGAACCCAAACAAACAGAUCACGCACCCACACCCACACACACUCACCUCACGCACACAACACUCGUUUCUCACACACACACGCACAUAUAUAACACUACCUUUCUUUUGGACCACAUACACACAUAAAUAAAUAAAAACACGAACCCUGCCAGCAGAUGAUAAAAUAACCAAAAGUUCGACACAGUAGUGUUGGUCGUGUCGGUGUGGGCGGCGGUGGUAGUGUUGUUGGUGGUGGUGGUGGAGGUGGGAGGAGGAUAAACUUCCAUAAAACAACAGCAGCAACGCCACAAAAAAAGUAAAAAAAGAAAAAAGAAAAAGAAAGAAUGGGAGAGAGGGCGUGUGUGAGUGGAAGGAAACAAAAAAGUAACAGAGAGGAAGCGGAGGGGAGCACGCCACAUUACCCCUCACGCCUCCCCUCCGCAAAGUGUCCCACCACGGCCACGGUUUUUCACAACUUGAGUUUCUGCAAAAUUAUGAGAACCGACACACUUCCUGGAAAUAAUGGAAGAGAUAUGUGGAGGUGGGAGGAUGUAUGGGAGGGGAGGAGGGUGGGGAGGAAAGGGAGAGAGAGAGGGGAGUAAAGUGCGUGGGUAAGGAAGGCACUGCAGAUUGGGGGAGAGGAGGAAGAGGAAGGAAAAAGUGCAAGAGUCCAAGAACAUAAAGAGUAUAUUUUAAAGCAGACUGGAAAGACGAAGGGAAGAGGAAACUUGACGCAAUGAGAGGAUAGAAAAAAAGGAGUGUUAAGGAAAAAGCUAAAAGAAAGAAAAUACGACAUGAAAAGACGGUACAAAUUAAGGCAAGAAACAAGCCUUCGAGUGAACAUUGAUUCCCACAGAAAAAAAAGAAGACAAAUAGUGUGAGCCUGAGGGCAAGGCGGGAAAAGAAGAAAGUGAUGCCAAGAAAAUAAGUAUGAAGAAUGUCAAAGGGAGUGAGAGGAUUCUUUGUGUUGAGGAGAGACAUGAAAAAGAAACGAAAGUGAUGCAAAGGUUAAAAGGCAGGGAGAGAAAAGUUAAAUAGUUGAUAUUGUGAGAGUAACAUACGGCAAAAGAUUCACACACAAGACCCACCCAUGACAUUUAUAAAGAAAAGAAAAGGUCAGAAAGAAAGUCAGGCAAUCAAGAGUCAGCCAGCGUACUGCGUAAAUAAAACAAGAAAAGAAACAUCGAUCAGUGACGCAGAAGACACGCCAUUGGUCCAGGAACCGAUGAGGCACGGGAGAGAGAAAGAAUGUAAAGAGAGAGAAAGACAGCACAAGAGUAAGCAGCACGAACAGUACUCCCCGAAGCCCUAAUCAAAUAAAGAAACAGGUGAAGCGGGUCCAUAAAAUACAAUAAAAGAAAAGUAAAGACUAAUAAAUAUCUUUCAUAGAGGUAAGAGUCAUGUGUUCUCAAGGUCAGAGGGGAAUAAGCUCCGUUUUGACAACUGAUGAGAAAGACAGGAAAAGGAAGAGGAGGAGGAGGAGGAGGAGGAGGAGGAGAAGCAGGAUAAGGAAGUGGCGCAGGAGGGAACAAUGACCCCCCACGCCCACCAGUUAGUCAGUCAGUCCCAAAAGCCAGGUAGGAGUGAGGUGACGUGAGGUGUGUGAGGCGGGGCGUCGGUGUAGGCGUGAGGCAGCUGCCGUGAUGUACAAUAACCUGUGAAUAAUAUUAUUUAAUGCUCUAAACUUAUCUAGUGUAGAAGUAAGGACCCCCGCCCGGCCGACAGGACUGAGGCGGCGAUGGAGAGAGGCGACGGACGGCGAGUGUUUGUGCGUGUGCGUGUGCGUGUGUGUGUGUGUGUGUGUGUGUGUGUGUGUGUGUGUGUGUGUAAAGCAUUGGCCCUGACGAUUUCCUUUAUUUUCCUUAUUUUACAGCCGAAGAGAGGUACAAUUUAAGUAUAUGGUCUAAGACGCCGUCAAAUUUUAUUCUAUACGAAGUAGGAAUGAGCGAGAUGACACUUUUUUUCUGAACAUUUCGUACUGUAACAAAAGAACAUCACCACCCAGGCAUUUAUGUGUUUGUGGCUGCAUGGAGGGUACAAGUGUCGAUGUUUCCGUCGCCUGUGGGUGUAGCUAUGAGGAGGUUGUCUGUCUUGUUUCAUUGUUUAUAAUACUAUUUUUCUUCCCUUAUUUUGUCCACAGUCGAUUUCGUGUGUACAUAAUCGCAUCACGGGGAAAAUGGAGGGUUUUAUGGACUAAAUCUUUUUUUUAUAUAUUUUAACGUCAUGUACGUAAGUAGAGAUUACCACAAAGACGCGACACCUGAUUUCUAACCUAACUAGAGAUACAAAACCAAACACUAUCAACCACCCUACCUGUCCGCCUGUCUGUCUGUCCGUCUGUUUGUAAAUUUGUUUCGUCCAAAGGCUUUUUUUUGUUUUUGUUUUUGUUCGGGGCACUAAAGUUGAGCUGCCGUAAGGGAAAAAAAAACAAUGAUUAUUUUUUUUUUCAAAGUAAUUGGUAUAAUCACAGGACAGGUACAGGUUUCGGCUGACGUUGAUUUAAGAUUUGUUUUCAUAAUUUAUGCUAAUUGCACUUAAUUCUACUGCCGUUAACACACACACACACACACACACACACACACACACAUAUACACAAACACAUACACACAAUCAUACAGACACACUCACACACGCACACACUGGCAUGUCCAAGAUAUUUUGCUCCCACACCCCAUCACGGCCACCACCACCACCACCACCGCCACCAACACAUCACGGAAUUAUCUGUCUUACCCUCUGCCUACUUGCACCAUUACCAUCAUCCAUUACAUUUCACGUUGUUAGUCUGCCGCUCCAUGUUUUAAGCAUUGCAUCCAUUAUCAUUGUUCUCGUCACUAUCACCAUCAGCCACCCUUCACCUUCACCAACAGUCGCUUCUCCGUUGCUCAAAAUAUCACACUGCUUACUUCCUCCACUUCACUCUUGGCAUCGCUACACGUCACGGUGUUUGCUUACCUCCACAUGACGGUAUUACAAAAUAAAUUUCACAUUCCCUUUCCUUCUUCUUUGAAGCCAACACUACCACCAUCACCACCUUCAUCACCACCACCAUCACCACCACACUACCACAACCACCACCACCACCACCGUCAAAUUAUCAACACAGUGCAACGCUACGACUUGGUUUACAUAUGCCUAAAAUAAGAGUUUAAUACACCAACAAAUAACAGAAUUGGAAGUUCUGUUGUAGGUCAGAUAAACUUCAUGUGGAAUUAAAACGGAAAAUUUUAAGUUUUCGGUGAUGAAGGGAAAGAAAGUUGGAAAAAGAAGGAUAGUAUGAAAACGUAGAGGGAGGCAGAGAUGAUUGUAAGAGGAAGGAAGGACGUGAUGAAGGCUAAGGCUCCCAUCCUGCAGAGGAGGGAGAGACAGGGAAGACCCGAGGCUGGGAAUGGUUGAGGAUAGACAUCAAGUAUUUAAUGAACUGCUUUCCAAAGAGGCUCAAUAGUGUUCAUCUACGUGUUUAGAAACUAAAACCAAUUAAUUUCAAGCCAGGACAUACAAAAGUUACUCUAAGUAUAAAAAAAUCAAAUUGAAUCUAAUAUUUUCAGAAAAAAAUACUAGGUAAGCAAAAGUGUAUAGAACAAAGAUUUACAAUGCAGGGAGUGUCAUGGCCCAACAUCAAAGAUGCAGGGACAAAGUGCCCCGAGCCAGCCAGUCAGCCACCCACCGACCUAACACCGUACGUUCUGGCAGAGGUGAUGGAUGGUAGGCUGUUUCAUCACGUGUUUGUGUUCGCACGCUCUCCUGAGACUCGGACAUCCAUUAAGACUCUGCGGCACAGUGCGCUUGUGUGGGGCGUGCCAGGGCAAAAUUUACGUUUAGAGGCUCGGUCACCUGUGCGUACCGACUCUUCCCUCGUGAGCGGAGAGGACAUCCGUCACCUCGAGGGUGUUGCAUCUGUACAUUACUUCACGGACUGUUUGUUAUGAUGAACAAAGAUUUACGUAACGCAGCCGCGGCAGCGGAUUCGAAAGACAUGAAAUGGGAGACCCAACAUUCCAAGUCUCUUUUUACAUAUCGACUGUGUAGCAUGACGCCGCCUCACCCUCACGCCCGGUGGCUCAUUCUGUGUGUGAACGUUUUGUAAAAUAAAGUUUGUAAAUACA